CUUUUCCUCUUUCCAGCUGUCAAGAGCCUCCUCUCCCACUGUGGUGAUCUCCUCACUGAGGAAGUGACUCAGCGUCUUCUUCCUCCCCUUCCUUGCGCUGUGCAUUUGCUGACUCAGCUUUCUUCAAUAUUAAAAACAUAUGGAAGUCCUUUGAAAACACCAUCAGUAGUUUAUAGACAAAGGCUUUAUGAACUGCUGGUUUUAUUACCUCCUGAAACUUAUAAAGAGAACCUCUGUGCCGUCCUCAAAGAGCUGGCUGCUGAACUGACUGCCCCCGAUUCCCAGGCAGCAGCGUCCACGUGUUUACUUCCACCCCUCUGUCACCCUGAUGAUCUCUUCAUAUUAAGUCCUUUGCUGCAAGAGACCGACCAUAGGUUUAUUGAAGAACAGCUCUUGCUUGGUAAUGGCAUUGCCUGUGGAAGUCUGGAAUAUGACCCUUACUCUAUUUAUGAGACGGACGUAGAGGGAGAUUCUGUGCCAAAGCCCCUGCCUCCAGCACUGUCUGUUGGCAGCUCCGCAGCCAAGCUCUUUGGGGUUGUCUGUGCCCAUGUGGAGGAAGCUCAGAGGGUUCUGACCCUGGAACAGCUUCUGAGCAGCAUAAAGCUCACGAAAGGAGCCCGUCAGCACACAGUGCAGGUGCACGUUGUCGCUGCCAUUUCUAAUUUACUGAAGUAUGUGGCUGGCUCCAAAGGAAGUCUAGGUCCUGAGGAAGUCAGAAGGCUUGUCCUGACAUUAGUGUUGGGAGCCCUGGAAAGUUCCGACCGGCUUUUGAGAUGUGCAGCUGCAGAGGCGUGGGCUAGGUUAGCCCAGGUGGUUGACGAUGGCUCAUUUACUGCUGGAUUGGCUCAAGUUAGUUUUGACAAGUUGAAGUCAGCAAGGGACGUGGUUACCAGAACAGGCCACUCGCUGGCUUUGGGGUCCCUGCAUAGGUAUCUGGGAGGAGUCAGUUCUUCUCAGCACUUGAGUUCUUGCAUUGGAAUUCUUUAUGCUUUGUCUCAGGACAGCACCUCUCCUGAUGUGCAGACCUGGGCGCUCCAUUCUCUGUCACUGAUCAUCGACUCUGCUGGUACACUGUAUAACGUGCACGUGGAGCCCACCCUGUCACUCAUCAUCAUGCUGUUGUUGAAUGUGCCUCCAACUCAUGCCGAAGUGCACCAGAGUCUUGGUCGCUGCUUGAAUGCCCUUAUCACAACACUAGGCCCAGAGCUACAAGGUAACAGUGCUUUGGUGUCCACUUUAAGGACUUCCUGUCUGUUGGGAUGUGCGGUGAUGCAGGAUAACCCAGACUGCCUUGUUCAGGCACAGGCUAUUUCCUGUCUUCAGCAGCUUCACAUGUUUGCUCCACGACACGUCAACUUGUCUAACCUAGUCAGCUGCCUUUGCGUGAGUCUUUGUAGCUCCUACUUGUUGCUGAGAAGGGCAGUUCUGGCUUGUUUACGUCAGCUUGUACAGAGAGAAGCAGCUGAAGUCUCGGAGCACGUGGUAACACUGGCCAAGGACGGCAGGGGCCUGACAGCAGACGCUGACAUCAGAGAAGUGGGCCUUGAAGGGGCAUUGCUGAUCUUACUAGACAGAGAGACAGAUCAGAAUCUAUGCCGUGACAUCAGAGAGACUCUAAACCACAUGCUCACAUCUGUGGCCGUGCAAAAGCUUUCCCUUUGGCUAAAGCUUUGUAAAGAUGUGCUUGCUGCGUCAGCUGCUGUAGCUUGUGUGGAUACAACGCAAGAGGAGGAAGGAAGUAAAGGCGAUGAUGCCUCGGUUCUGACCACCAGAAGCGACCAGAAACCCCACCCUUUCACCAGCCCGAGAUGGGCCACUCGGGUCUUUGCUGCUGACUGUGUCUGCAGAGUGAUUAACCAGUGUGAGCGUGCGGGCAGGGCACAUUUGGACAUUGCCUUAGCACAAGAAAGGAAGAAAAGAGAUUCAAGAAGCGACUUCCUGGUGCUGCAUCUCGCUGACCUAAUUCGCAUGGCUUUUAUGGCUGCCACAGACCACAGCGACCAGCUCCGUCUUUCUGGCCUUGAAACACUGUUGGUUGUCAUUCGGCGAUUUGCAGCGACUGCAGAACCAGAGUUUCCAGGUCAUGUGGUUCUGGAACAGUACCAAGCCAAUGUCGGAGCAGCUCUUAGACCAGCCUUCACGUUAGACACACCGCCUGAUGUCACUGCCAAAGCAUGUCAGGUUUGCAGUGCCUGGAUAGCAAGUGGAGUUGUAAGUGACCUUAGUGAUCUCCGAAGAGUUCAUCAAUUGCUUGUUUCGUCAUUAACAAAAAUACAGGCUGGUAAAGAAUCUCUAAGUCACCUGUAUAAUGAAAGUGCUUCUACCAUGGAGAUCUUAGCUGUUCUGAAAGCGUGGGCAGAGGUCUACAUAAUUGCUGUACAAAGACAUAAAAUUCACAAACAAACCUUGAAGACUAGCACCUGUCCAGAAGAGAGUGUCACAAAUGGGCCUCAUCCACCUGACGGUCUCCUUGACUUAGUCCGCACAGACCUUGGCGCGCUAAGCACACUCUGGUUUGCUGCACUUCAAGAUUUUGCUCUCUUAACUCUGCCUUCAGAAUUUGCAUCCCAACUUCCUGUUGAAGGUGGUGCCUUCUACACAGCAGAGACCAUGGAAAACGCAAGGCUGCAUUACCACAGCUCCUGGGCCCUUAUCCUCCAUGCUGCAGCUCUGUGGCUUACCAGCACGGGCUUUGUUGUUGCCGACCCAGAUGAAGGAGGCACCAAUUUCUCAAGACCUGUAACGCCAACUUCCAUGUGUCAGGGCUCGUCAUCUGGGGCUGCAGUAAAGUCCCCAGAGGAUGUCUACACUGACAGAUUCCAUCUGAUUCUAGGAAUUAGCGUGGGAUUUCUGUGUUCAUUGCGCUCAGAUGCAACUACGGAAAGCAUUACUGCAUGUUUACAUGCAUUGCAAGCCCUUCUAGAUGUUCCUUGGCCCAGAUCUAAAAUUGGCAGUGAUCAGGACUUGGGUAUUGAAUUGCUAAACGUGCUGCACCGAGUGAUUUUGACCAGGGAAUCGCCUUCCGUUCAGUUGGCUUCACUUGAGGUGGGAAGGCAGAUUAUCUGUGCAGCUCAAGAACAUGUGAAGGAAAAACGACGAAGUGCGGAAGUUGAUGACGGGGCUGCGGAAAAGGAGACCCUGCCGGAGUUUGGUGAAGGAAAGGGCACAGGAGGAUUUGUGCCUGGGAAGUCGCUGGUCUUUGCAGCCCUGGAACUGUGUGUUUGCAUCCUAGUUAGACAGCUCCCAGAGCUAAAUCCUAAAUUGACAGGAAGCCCAGGGGUAAAAGCUGCAAAGCCGCAGAUGUUGUCCGAGGACGGAAGUGGACUGGUUUCAGCUGCUCUGGCUAUCCUCACCGGACUCCCUGCAGUGUGCUCCCCUGAAGGAAGCGUCUCAGUUCUCCCUACUAUAUUAUAUCUCACAAUUGGGGUCCUCAGAGAAACUGCUGUGAAGUUACCUGGGGGCCAGUUAUCCUCAACAGUCACAGCCUCCCUGCAAGCUCUGAAAGGAAUCUUAUCUUCCCCAAUGGCCCGAGCAGAAAAGAGCCAUGCCGCUUGGACAGGCCUCCUCCACCGCGCCUUAGCAACGGUGCUUGACUGUUGGAACCCAGUUGAUGGGGCACAGCAAGAACUCGAUGAUGUCAGCCUGCUUACUGCCGUCACAGUGUUCAUUCUGUCCACGGGUCCAGAAGUGGCCGCUGCCCCCGGCCUUCACAAGCUCUGCGUUGAGAAAUUCAAGGCCGCCCUCAAGCUCAAGGACCCCAUGGUGCAAAUGAAAACCUAUCAGCUCCUUCAUUCCAUUUUCCAGUCUCCAAAUGCAGCCAUUGCCUACCCAUACAUUUACUCAUUAGCAUCUGCCAUAGUGGACAACCUGCAGGAAAUCAACAAGAGGAUGCCUGAAGACACCAGUGAGCUGCAGGUCCUUCAGGAGGGCAUAAAAGUCUUGGAGGCUUUGGUCACCGUCGCUGAAGAACAGCAUCGUUCUCAACUGGUGGCCUGUCUCCUGCCCAUCCUCAUUUCCUUCCUUUUGGAUGAGACUGCUCUGGGAUCAGCCACUGCAAUAAUGAGAAGUUUGCAUGACUUUGCUUUGCAAAAUCUCAUGGAGAUUGGGCCUCAGUACUCCUCGGUCUUUAAAACCGUGAUGGCUUCUUCCCCUGCCCUGAGAGCCCGGCUCGAGGCUGCUGUGAAGGGCAAUCAGGAAAGCAUCACCGCUGAACUGCCAGCGUCUGAACCUGCCACAAAGCCUGGGAAGAAGAACACAAGCAUCCAGCUAAAGACCAGUUUCCUCUGAUGCUGCCUUUUUGGGAUAGUAAGCACUUAAUAUACUACUCGAUCAUUUCCUUCUCUCUGUGGACCACACAAGUGCACUUGGAGGCUAUUUGAUUUAACUUUACAGGUGACAGCAAACUUACAUUUUUUUCCCGUUUAAUAAAGCCGUGGAACUGUCAGAAUUCUUGCCAGGCAUUUCAGGAAAAUGCUAAAGAACUAAAUUGACUAAAACCACUUUAAAAAUGAAAUGGAUUUCCUUAACAACUCACAUAUUCAACUCUGUGACCCAUAGAGAUGUCAGUAGAGUGUAAACCAUCCAUACUUGCACUAUGUCCCAUUUGCAAUUUAAAAUUCUGCCUUAUUCAGUAGUAGUAGUACCAACCUUGCUUGGAUUUCUCAAGCAACAUGAUUCAAGCCAGGCAUGGUGGCUUACACCUGUGAUCCCAGUGCUCAGGAGGUGGGAGCAGGAUGAGCAUCAAAGCUUGGGGCCAGCCUGGUCUACAUAGUAGAUUUCAGACCAGCUGGGAUGAGACUGCUUUCCAAAAGAAAAAAAAAGAGAAGUAAUAAUAACAGCAAUAACAAUAAUAAUACAUAAGCGACUAGAAAGCUAAUUAGGAAGCCAGGUCCAGAAUUAUCCACUAUAAUAGUAAAAAUCAGUUUCAACCGUUCAGUGUGACAAAAGAUGCGAUGUCUGUAUAUAUCAUGACUUUUACCAUCUUUUCAGUUUAUGUUGAGUUCACAAAACAAAAAUUUUACUUAUUUUAAAUAGAAUAUAGCAUCUGCAUUUUACUGUUUCUCAGACGGAUUUUCUCUUACCUCUGUUCCUACAAUUGUGUUUGUGGAAAGCAUUCAUAUUGAGAGUUUAAUAUAGAUUUGUAUCUAUAUUGUAUUGGAAUCAACUGUGGGAUUAUAUGAAUGUCAAAUUUAGCACUUCAGUGAAUACAAAUGUUUUUUAACAGAACAUAUUUUAGCAUGAAGAAAUAUAAAGUCACUGUUGAAGAUAUUUUUGGCUCUGUUGGUAAUCCUUGACUUCCUUCCACCUCAGUGAUUUGUCACAUGAAUCUAGCACUAUGUCAAAACAGUGCCUUUUCCUCGUGAAAUUUGCAAACUGAAGUGACAGAGGGAUCUUCGGAACUGAGAAGAAUUGAUCAGCAGGAGCAAUGUGAUAUAUUCUAUUUUAUUACGUUUGUAUGUAAAUACUCUUGUAAAGUGUUCAGGGUGGAAAACAUUUCACAAAUUCCAACCACAAUCAAUUUUUCUAAAUUACAUAAAUAAAGCUAAUAUUCUUUA